AUGAACAUUUCGUUUAGUACCCAAUAUUCUGAUACUCCAACUCCAAGUAAAGACCGUAGACCAUCAAGAACGAAAUGGUCACCCACAGAAGAUGUUGUACUCAUCACUGCUUGGCUAAACACGACCAAAGAUCCAAAAUUUGAAGCCUUUUGGACACGUAUUGCAACUUAUUGUGGAUCAAGUCCGAAGCUUUCUGGUUUUCCAAAGAGAGAUGCAAGUUGUUGUAAAGCUAGGUGGAAUAAGAUUAAUGAUGCAGUUUCCAAGUUUGUUAGAUGCUAUGAUGAGGCUGCAAGAACAACAACAACAACUCAGAAAUCAUCAUCAACUGGGCUGAGUGAGAAUGAUGUUAUGAAGCUCGCAAACCAAAUUUACUUGGAUGAACACAAGGUGAAGUUUACUUUGGAGCAUGCUUGGAGAGAGCUUCGACAUGAUCCUAAAUGGUGUGCAUCUUCUUCAUCAUUUACUAAGAAGACUGGAAUGGCUAAAAAGAGAAGAAAGUGUGAGGAGUGUUCUGCUCAGUCUUCAAGCUCCCACCUAGUAGUACUAAGUGAUGGAGAGGAUGAUGAAGCUAUGCCUCCUCCUCCUCCUCGUGUUCAGGCUUCUUCACAGGCCAUACCUCAAAGGAAUACUUCCACUGUGGAAGGAGAAGACAAGUCUGAGUUUCAGAGGAUGUGGGAGAUAAAGCAAAAGGAUUAUGCUUUGCAAGAGAAGCUUAGUAAGCAUAGAUUGCUUGACACUCUCCUUUCGAAAACAGAGCCACUUAGUGAAAUGGAAAUGGCUUUAAAGAACAAGCUAAUUAAUGACAUGUUGUCAAGCUAA